GGCGGGCGGCGGUCGCUCAGUCGCGCGCGGGCACGGCGUGAGGGCGCGCGCAUCGGUGCACGUGCAUGGCGCGCCUGACUGGAUGCCUCGCGCCCUCGGGGAAUGGCUUCGUCCGAGGAAGAGGCGACUACGCCGAACCCUGAAGAUGACUGCCUCAGUGUCCGAAAAUGGUGGUGUUUCCUGCUGUCGUCGAUAUUCACGUUCCUCGCCGGACUGCUCGUGGUGCUGUUAUGGCGCGCGUGCGCGUUCGUCUGCUGCCACAAGGAGCCGGAGCUGGCGCCCAACGACCCCAAGCAGAAGGAGCAGAAAGCCGCGCGACAGGGCAAACAAGAGUUCGAGGGGACGUUCAUGACCGAAGCGAAAGACUGGGCCGGCGAACUUAUAUCCGGUCAGACUACCACCGGACGAAUACUGGUAGUGUUGGUGUUCAUUCUGAGUAUAGCAUCGCUGAUCAUCUACUUCAUUGACGCGUCCAGUGAGGAAGUGGAGCGAUGUCAGAAAUGGAGCGACAAUAUUACUCAGCAAAUCGACCUUGCCUUUAACAUAUUUUUUAUGGUCUACUUUUUUAUACGAUUUAUAGCAGCUAGUGACAAACUGUGGUUCAUGCUCGAAAUGUAUUCAUUUGUAGAUUAUUUCACGAUACCCCCAUCCUUUGUAUCAAUAUACCUGGAUAGAACGUGGAUAGGGCUGAGAUUUCUCAGAGCUCUACGCUUAAUGACCGUGCCUGAUAUUUUGCAGUACCUCAAUAUAUUAAAGACAUCGAGUUCAAUUCGGUUGGCGCAAUUAGUUUCUAUAUUUAUAUCAGUAUGGUUAACUGCAGCCGGGAUUAUUCAUUUGCUGGAAAAUUCCGGAGAUCCAUUAGAGUUUGAGAACGCGCAGAAGCUUUCGUACUGGACUUGUGUAUACUUUCUAAUAGUCACCAUGUCCACAGUAGGUUACGGUGAUGUGUUCUGUCACACUGUACUUGGCAGAACCUUUUUGGUUUUUUUUCUUCUCGUCGGCUUGGCAAUGUUCGCUAGUAGCAUUCCCGAAAUUAUAGAGCUGGUAGGAAGUAGGUCCAAGUACAGUGGCGAGCUGAAGCGUGAACACGGAAAAAGGCAUAUUGUUGUUUGUGGACAUAUAACAUACGAAUCGGUCAGCCAUUUUUUAAAAGACUUCCUACAUGAGGACCGCGAAGAUGUAGAUGUUGAGGUUGUUUUUUUACACAGGAAACCGCCCGAUCUGGAGCUCGAAGGCCUGUUCAAGAGACACUUUACCACUGUGGAAUUCUUUCAAGGCACCAUUAUGAAUCCAAUCGACCUACAGAGGGUAAAAGUCCACGAAGCAGACGCUUGCUUGGUGCUAGCAAACAAAUACUGCCAAGACCCGGACGCCGAGGACGCUGCCAACAUCAUGAGGGUCAUCUCCAUCAAGAACUAUUCCGACGACAUCAGGGUUAUCAUACAACUGAUGCAGUAUCAUAACAAGGCCUACCUGCUGAAUAUCCCAUCAUGGGACUGGAAGCAAGGCGAUGACGUCAUCUGCCUGGCGGAACUGAAGCUCGGUUUCAUCGCGCAGAGCUGCCUCGCGCCCGGCUUCUCGACCAUGAUGGCCAACUUAUUCGCCAUGAGGAGUUUCAAGACGUCCCAAGACAUGGCUAUAUGGACUAAUGACUACAUGCGCGGUACCGGAAUGGAGAUGUACACGGAGACGUUAAGUACCACGUUUAUCGGGAUGCCCUUCAAACAGGCUACAGAGUUGUGCUUCACGAAGUUGAAACUAUUGCUGUUGGCGAUAGAGAUCAAAGGAGAGGAAGGCGCCGACAGUAAGAUCUCUAUCAACCCUCGCAACGCGAAGAUACACGCUAACACACAAGGAUUCUUUAUAGCACAAUCCGCUGACGAAGUCAAAAGAGCUUGGUACUACUGCAAGGCCUGCCACGAGGACAUCAAAGACGAAACUCUGAUCAAGAAAUGCAAAUGCAAAAACUAUGUCGGAAUGAUGAUGAUGCAGACUGGAAUGGUGAAACAAAGUCUUAAUACGUACCGUGCUUGUCUCGACGAUGAUCACCAUCCUCCCCCCACCUUCACGCCGCCAGAGUUGCCCAAGAAGGUCCAUGUUCGAGGUGAAAUAGCACGCGAGAGAGGCGAAGAUACAAGUUUGAUAAAUCGCAACCAUCGGAGCGCAGCGCCGACGACGCUGCUGUCUCCGAUGGCCAACCAGCUCAUGAACACCACCACCACGCGCCAAGUCAACAAGGUGAAGCCUAACGUCAACAGAGCACCGCCUGAUACGAACGCUCAAGAUCAAGAUACAAAUUACCAGGCCUAUCAUCUUGCCUACGAAGUGAAAAAGCUCAUGCCGACAAGCAGGAGUAGUGGGGGCAACCAGAACAGCAACGGCGUGAGUCUCCCCGCCGGACUGGCGGACGACCAGUCGAAAGAUUUCGACUUUGAAAAGACUGAAAUGAAAUAUGACUCUACGGGAAUGUUCCAUUGGAGUCCCGCGAGAAACCUAGAGGACUGUAUAUUAGACAGAAAUCAAGCGGCGAUGACGGUCCUGAACGGUCACGUGGUAGUGUGCCUGUUCGCGGACCCGGACUCUCCGCUCAUAGGCCUUCGGAACCUGGUGAUGCCGCUCCGAGCCUCCAACUUCCACUACCACGAGCUCAAGCACGUAGUUAUCGUGGGCAGCGUCGAAUACAUCAGAAGAGAGUGGAAGAUGUUGCAGAAUCUUCCUAAGAUAUCUGUAUUGAAUGGUUCACCGCUAAGCCGGGCCGACUUGCGUGCAGUCAACGUGAAUCUGUGCGACAUGUGCUGUAUCCUGUCAGCGAAGGUGCCGUCCAACGACGACCCCACGCUGGCCGACAAGGAGGCGAUCCUGGCUUCGCUGAACAUCAAGGCGAUGACGUUCGACGACACGAUCGGCGUGCUGAGCGCGGGCGGCAAUGGAAGUAGCGCCGCGUCGCUGCCCGGCCAGCCGCCCGCGCCCGUGCUGCUGCAGCGGCGCGGGUCUGUCUACGGGGCCAAUGUGCCCAUGAUCACAGAGUUGGUGAACGACAGCAACGUGCAGUUCUUGGACCAAGACGACGACGACGAUCCCGACACGGAGCUGUACCUGACGCAGCCGUUCGCGUGCGGCACCGCGUUCGCGGUCAGCGUGCUCGACUCACUCAUGUCCACUACAUAUUUCAACCAGAACGCGUUGACACUGAUCCGUUCCCUGAUCACGGGCGGCGCGACGCCCGAGCUGGAGCUCAUCCUGGCGGAGGGCGCGGGGCUGCGGGGAGGAUACUCCACGCCGGAGAGCUUAGCUAACAGAGACCGUUGUAGAGUGGGCCAGAUCUCCUUGUACGACGGCCCGCUGGCGCAGUUCGGCGAGGCGGGCAAGUACGGCGACCUGUUCGUAGCAGCGCUCAGCACCUACGGCAUGCUGUGCAUCGGCCUGUACCGGUUCCGCGACACCUCCUCCUCUUGCGACGCGAGUAGCAAGCGAUACGUCAUCACCAACCCGCCUGAUGACUUCUCGCUCUUGCCUACUGAUCAGGUAUUCGUCCUCAUGCAGUUCGACCCCGGCGUGGAGUACCGCUCGAGCCGGCGCGCGGGCUCGACGGGCGGCGGCGGCGGCAAGGACGACGCCUCCUGACUAUUGCUGUGCAGCGCCCUCACUGACGGGCCCUACUCCUACAUCUAGGCUGUAGGGCCUCGCUCCACAUCACUCCGACAAUCCUACCCUCACCACACCUGUCGCCCGGGGCCGCCCGGGACCGCCACCCCACACGGCUCUCGGCAAAUAUUUCUGACACCAUUCUUAUGACGGCUUUGGACUGGAAACAUUUGCCGAUCGCCUAUCCUGUUGGCCGCUGCCUGUUGUACUAUAAGCAUAGCAACGAAAGGAAAGAUAAAGGCUGAAGUCAUAAAAUGAACAAAUAUUUUAUCUAAUAAUUGUAACCUGUGUCAAUUGCUGACUAAUCUUGGGGAGCGCGCACACUCCCUUGGAAUAGUAAUGUCAUAUAUUAAAUACAAUAUGGGCUUUGUUCCAGUAAACAUAGUACAACUCGUAGCGGUCGACGCACACGCUCUCCCUAUUUUACAAUUUGAUUUAGCAUAUUACAUAACUCGACCUUCCACAUCUCACAGUGCACCGUUAACUCUAUCACACUCAAACGCACUCCUGUGACCGACAAAUUUGUGCUUUACGUUAUAAUGAUUUUUAUAAACAACGAAAUUAUUGUGAAAUAAAAACACAAUUCAGCUAUAAAUUCGAAUUGAAAGAGGGCAUCACUGUUAUUUAUUGUGGAGGAGCUUGCAGUCAAAUAUGCACUGAUAGGGGGGCAAAGAUUUAAAACUGCACUCGAUAUGAUAAAAACACAAAAUUCAAAUAACUAACUAACUUUUAGACGGUUGUAAAGGACUUGUUAUAAUUAGGAUAAGAAUAUUGGUGGUGGUCAAGUUUAGUUAAAGUAUGUUAAUAUAAUGAGUAUAACAGAGAAGCACACGCCGUGAUUAAACGACACACAUUUCUCGCUUCUUUCACUUCGCUCUUACAUUAUCUUCGCUACAGUUCUGUCUUCCUUUAAUCUUUCACACUUUCUAUCAAACACUACAGCCAUUUUGUUCGCCAUCAGGUCCGCCAUUUUGUUAAAAUUAAGAUCGCGAUCUACGACCCAAAUAAAACGCGGCAAUGUGGCAAAUAUAUUUCUAAUUUCACUUUAAAGUAAAAGUAAGCGAAGACCUAAACAUGAAGAAGGUAAAUGCUCAAUAAGGGACACUUUAAACUUUUAAUUGCAUGACAGUUAAACAGAUUUGUAAUAGAUUUUUUUAUCUUAAGCUACUCUAUCUAUACUAAUCUUUCUUCUUUUAGAUUUAUCCAUUCCUUAUUAUUCAGUAGAAUUGUUUCACUUUCACAUAUUUAAGACGCUAUGAUACAAAGUAUAGUGGUAAGCAUUUAAUAUUUUCAUCGACUGAUUGAUUGUUAAGCUGUUAGCACAUGGUGUAAUCAUAUAGUGCAGGUUAUGUUGUGAUUGACAUUAAUUUUAGCCGUAAUCGUUAAGUUACGUUAGUCGUUUGAGUACUGAAUUCACAUUGAAUUCUUCGCUUAGCUGUAAGCCGCAUCUGCCAUAUAUUCAAAUGCACGUUGGUGGUAGAACGCGUACACAUUGCUCAUAAUUUUGAUUUGUAUAAUUAGGCUAGAAACACAAGGUCGAUUUACAUUUAUCGCUGCUGGCAACCUUCAAAUUCUUAUUUCAAAAGUGAACGACAAAUGUGAAUCGGCCGCUAUAUAGGUACAUAGUCACACUCAAUCUUAUCCCUUUAGUUAUGUUUAUUUUAAUUUUAUUUUAAUAAAUUUUUGAUUAGCUUUUUAAUUUU